UGCAUGCAAUGUUUUCCCAGAAAAUCUACAUGCACACGUCAGUUGACAACAUCAAUGUUGACAGUAAAGGAGACUUGUGGCUGGGAUGUCAGUACCUUCUCCAUAAAUUUGAUCUACUGACUGGAGAUAGGUGGACGGGAACCACUCAGGUCUUAUGGGUGCGCUUCGAUGCAGAACUGAACCCCGAGAUCCGAGAGGUGCUCGCCGACGACGGCACGCUGCUCAAAGGCUCCAGUGUGGCCAGUGUCUACGGUCAGAAAAUGCUGGUCGGAACAGUUGGCAAUCAGAUGAUGAUGUGUGAUCUCCUUGCGUUCUAG